CCUCCCCUGGAGGCUCCUCCAGGAUCCGUCGGGAAAACUGGGGUUCGUGGCCCCUCCCCUGCAACCCCUCCAUGGCCACACCUGAAACCCGGGACAGGUCCCAGGAGCCUCCACAGCCUCUGACAGGUUUCAAUCCCAAGGGAUUUCCUGGAGAUCCUGCGGGUGCUGCUGGAAAACCGGAAAUGGGGCCCUGGAUCCGGAUGAUCCCCCUCAUCGCGUUCUCCGGACUCCACCCCACAACGGGGAGCAUCCAUGACCCACUGCUCAUCCUGGAUGGAUUGGAAGACUCCGGAAUCCGUCUCAAGUGCCUCUCGGAGCGGCUCUUUUCCGAAGUCAAGGUGUUGUGGAUGGAUGGGAAAGGCAGGAAUAUCACCGGGAAUCCCCUGAGCACGGACACAUCUGGGAAUGCCGGGAGCUCCAUCGUCCUCAAACCGGGAUCUGGGAACGCCGUGUCCUGCAGGAUCAUUGACAGCCUCGGGAAAACAUCCACGGAAUCCUCCGUCAUCAUCACAGAGAGUUUCUUCCCGACCAUCUCCCUUUGGCUCCCGGCUUUUGUGAUGAUCCUGCUCUUUGGAAUAUUCCUGGUCCUGGCAGCUGUUUAUAAACUCCGGAUCAACCAAAAGGCGACGGAUCAGGAAAAAAAUGCCCAGAAGCAAAUUCAGGAGGAAAACCAGGAGAUGACAACAAAAAUCGAACAAAUCCAGGCCCAACUGGAUUUCAGACGUGCCCAGAGCUAUGCGGUCCCGCUGACCCUGGAUGAGCUCUGCAAACAUCCCGAACUCUCCCUCCGGGACCAAUCCCGGGUCGUUUCCUGCUCCGCUGCCGAGCAGCUCCACCCCAAACCCGUCGUCCUGGCCAAGGAAUCCUUUUCCCAAGGGAAGCACUACUGGGAAGUGGAAGUCGGGGAUGGAUCCGGCUGGGAGCUGGGGGUGCUGGCUGAGGAAAUCCGGGAUUCCCUGCGGAACGACGGGAUGGCGCUGCCACGGGAGCAGGAGCAGGUUCUCAGCCUCGGCUAUUCCCGGGGGGAAUUCAGCAUUCCCGGGGGCUGGAAUUCCGGGCCCUGCCCAGUGCUCGGGGUUUUCCUGGAUCAGGAAUCCCACAGCCUCUCCUUCUUCGAUGUGGAAGGGAAGAGUCUCCUGGCAUCGCUUCCCUUGAGGUUUUCUGGGAAUCUCUUCCCAUUUUUCAGCCCCGGCUCCGAUGGAAAGGGGUUGGGAAUUCGCUCCGUGGGGGGUUAAUAAUUAAAAUAAUAAAUUAUUUAAAUAUCAAUCGAUUAUCAUAUUUAUAAUUGGUGAUAAUUAAUAAAUUUGUAGAGGGGAUCAUAAUGUAAAAUAAUUUCUUAAAUAAUAAAUUAAAUUAGAAAUUAAAGUUUUCCAAUUUUUUUUCUGUUUCCUAUCCUAAUUAUUUUCUCCUCUGGAGAAGAGGAUGGAAAACAGGAAAUCCCCAAAUUCCCAAGGGAAUCCCAGAUCCAGAGAUUCUGCUGGGAAUUGCAUCCAAGGGAACUCCCACCCCCCUUGUUCGUUCCACCUGAUGGAGUCGGGAUCAAGCUCCUGCUCCAGGCUCUUCCCACCCAAAUUCCAGCACAUUUGGGGACCAAAUAACCUCUCCUUCCCAUCCUUUUCCUGCCAGGAAUUCCCCAAGGGGCCCAAACGUCCUAAGAAUUCCCAAAACAACAUUUCCCUUCAAAAACCUUUUAUUCCAUUUCUUUUUUUUCCCAGGAAAAACCAGUCCCAGAUGGUUUUUUUC